AUGCCGAACCACGAUCACGAGCGGCUCCACCGCAACUCCUACACCACCGACCACUCUUCCGAGGAAUCGGAAGAACUAACCUCGGACGACGACAAAGAAGAAGAAGAAAAAGAGGAAGAUAACGGCGGUGGCCCAAUAAGCCCGCGAAAACGGGCCUGCAGGCCGUGGGGCCCGGUUCCGGACCCGAAGUUGGUGUGGGCCCAGGAAUGGAACAAAAUAUACCUCCUUGCUUGCGCGGCCGGCCUUUUCGUCGACCCGUUGUUCUUCUAUGCUUUGUCGGUAAGCGAGAGCUGCCUGUGCCUGUUUGUGGACGGGUGGCUGGCGGUGGCCGUGACCGUGCUCCGGUGCAUGACUGACGCAUUACACGUUUGGAAUAUGUGGCUCCGGUUAGGGAUCAGCCCACGGGCGGCUGCCGCCCGUGGGCUGGCCCCGAAGUACUUCAAGUCCAAGAAAGGCUUCAUCUUUGAUCUCUUUGUAAUCCUUCCCUUGCCACAGAUUGUGAUGUGGGUUGCAAUCCCAAAGCUGUUGGAAAAGGGUUCGACAACGGUGGUGAUGACGGUGGCGUUGAUUGUUUUUCUGUUUCAAUAUCUGCCGAAAAUCUACCACUCCGUUUGUCUUCUCCGGCGCGUGCAGAAUGUUUCCGGCUACAUUUUCGGCACCGUUUGGUGGGGCAUUGCUCUCAACAUGAUUGCCUAUUUUGUUGCCUCCCAUGCUGUGGGAGCAUGUUGGUACUUGCUGGGCAUCCAAAGAGCUGCAAAAUGCUUGAAAAGGCAGUGCUUUCUCAGCAAUGGCUGCAGCCCGAGAAUGACAGCCUGUCAAGAAUCUGUGUACUAUGGGACAAAGGAUCUUGUUAGGGACGGGCCCAGAUUCGUGUGGGCCGAGAACAAAAAAGCCCGAUCGGCCUGCCUCGAAAAUUUUGACAACUUCGAUUACGGAGCUUACAAAUGGACCGUGCAGCUCGUCACCAACAACAAUCGAUUGGAGAAAGUCUUGUUCCCCAUAUUUUGGGGCCUAAUGACUCUAAGUACAUUUGGGAAUCUCGAGAGCACGACCGAUUGGUUGGAAGUCGUAUUCAUUAUCAUCGUUCUAACCACCGGGCUAUUGCUCGUCACUAUGCUGAUUGGUAACAUCAAGGUUUUCUUGCACGCGACCACGUCGAAAAAGCAGGCAAUGCAGCUGAAGAUGAGGAACAUCGAGUGGUGGAUGAGAAAACGGCGUUUGCCCCUUUCUUUUAGGCAGAGAGUACGAAACUACGAAAGGCAGCGUUGGGCAGCUAUGCGUGGGGUCGAUGAGUGCGAAAUGACACGAAACUUGCCGGAAGGGCUUAGGAGGGACAUCAAGUAUCAUCUGUGUUUGGAUUUGGUUCGACAGGUGCCUCUGUUCCAGCACAUGGAUAAUCUCGUCCUCGAGAACAUAUGCGAUCGUGUGAAGUCCCUCAUAUUCACUAAAGGCGAAACGAUCACGAGAGAAGGCGACCCGGUUCAGAGGAUGCUUUUCGUCGUGCGCGGCCACCUCCAGAGCAGCCAAAUCCUUCGCGAUGGCCUCGAGAGUCGAUGUAUGCUCGGCCCCGGCAACUUUAGCGGUGACGAGCUUCUCUCGUGGUGUCUCCGCCGCCCGUUUGUCGAGCGCCUCCCCCCAUCAUCCUCGACCCUCGUCACCCUCGAGACAACUGAGGCAUUCGGGCUCGAGUCGGAUGACGUGAGGUACGUGACUCAGCACUUCCGGUGCACGUUCGUGAACGAGAAGGUGAAGAGAAGCGCGCGGUACUACUCGCCCGGGUGGCGGACGUGGGCCGCGGUGGCGGUACAGCUGGCGUGGCGAAGGUACAAGCAUCGGCUCACGCUAACGUCACUGUCGUUUAUUAGGCCGAGGAGGCCGCUGUCGAGGUGCUCGUCGCCCGGCGAGGAUAGGUUGAGGCUGUACACGGCGCUGCUGACGUCUCCAAAGCCUAAUCAGGAUGAUUUUGAUUUUUGA